AGAAACCCUCUUGAAAGUACGCAUGGAUCUGAUAGCUGAGUGCUCAUGGAUCUGUAAUAAUAAUAAUAACAGGAAUAAGAAUAAGAAUAAUAAGAAUAGCAGUUUUUUUGCCAUCCUUUGGGGUCCUAACUCACGUGCGUCAAUACGUCCGUAGUCAGAAACAGGCGUUGCACACAGAUAGCAGCACAUUGUAGAUACGGGUAAAAGCUUACCAUUCAAACAAACUGAAUCUCCUCUAGUUUAUUUGUCAGCCCCUUUACUUUGACUUCAUCACCACGUUGUUCCGCAGGGUUUUUUCCAGAGUUGUGUGCUACUCCAACAUGGGCAAAAGAAGCAGACAGCGACAGAAAAAUCAAUCUGUUGGAAGAGACAACAGGGACAACGCAGGUUGGGGGGCAGGUUAUGCUGACAUUGUCAAAGAAAACAAGCUUUUCGAGCAUUAUUACAAGGAACAAGGUCUUGUCCCUGAUGGAGAGUUUGAGCAGUUCAUGGAAGCCAUGAGGGAGCCUCUUCCAGCAACCAUUCGCAUUACUGGAUACAAGAGCCAUGCCAAAGAGAUCCUCCACUGUCUUAAAGACAAGUACUUCAAAGACAUUCAGGACCUGGAAAUUGAUGGACAGAAAAUUGAAGCUCCACAGCCAUUAAGUUGGUAUCCCGAUGAGCAGGCCUGGCACACCAACAUGAGCAGGAAAAUAAUCAGGAAGUCGCCACUACUGGAGAAGUUCCAUCAGUUUUUAGUCAGUGAAACGGAGUCUGGUAACAUUAGUAGACAAGAAGCUGUCAGUAUGAUUCCUCCCCUGCUCAUGAAGAUUGAACCACACCACAAGAUUUUGGACAUGUGUGCUGCUCCAGGGUCGAAAACUGCCCAGCUCAUAGAAAUGCUGCACUCUGACAUGGAUGUGCCUUUUCCUGAGGGUUUUGUUAUUGCCAAUGAUGUGGACAAUAAGCGGUGCUACCUGCUUGUGCAUCAGGCUAAGCGUCUCAACAGUCCAUGCAUUAUGGUGAUCAACCAUGAUGCUUCAUGUAUUCCCACUCUACAGAUUACCUCAGGUGGAAAAAGAGACAUCCUCUUCUAUGACCGCAUUUUGUGUGAUGUGCCCUGCAGUGGUGACGGCACUAUGAGGAAGAAUAUUGAUGUUUGGAAGAAGUGGACCACAAGUAACAGCCUGCAUCUUCAUGGACUUCAGCUGCGUAUUGCAGUGCGUGGUGUUGAGCAGCUGACAGUAGGAGGCAGGAUGGUUUACUCCACCUGUUCUCUCAACCCCAUAGAGGAUGAGGCUGUUAUCGCUGCACUGCUAGAAAAGAGUGAAGGAUCACUAGAGCUUAUGGAUGCCUCGGCUGAUCUUCCAGGUCUCAAGUGGAUGCCUGGUGUCACCUCUUGGAAGCUGAUGACUAAAGAUGGGCAGUGGUUUUCAGACUGGUCUGAGGUUCCUACAAGUCGGCACACACAGAUCCGACCAACCAUGUUCCCACCUACUGACCCAGAAAAAUUGGCCAACAUGCAUUUGGAGAGAUGUAUGAGGAUUCUGCCUCAUCAUCAGAACACUGGGGGCUUCUUUGUGGCUGUUCUAUUUAAGAAAGCACCGAUGCCAUGGAACAAAAGAUUUCCUAAGGUUAGGAAGGAGGUGUCCACAGCCUCAUCUGCCUCCCCAGACUUGGACAAUGUCACUGAAAGUUCUGUGGAUGAUGGGGAGGGCGGCUGUGUAGAGACAACAGGGGAUGCACAAGCAGAAGACGAGGCACCCAAAGGAGCUGCAGUGGCCCAAGAGACCAGUGCUAAACAAGAUGGAGUUUGUGGACCUCCGCCAAACAAAAAGAUGAAGCUUUUUGGAUACAAGGAAGACCCAUUUGUGUUCCUAACAGAAGAUGACCCAGUGUUCACUACCAUACAAUCAUUUUAUGACCUGUCCCCAGACUUUCCCAAAUUGAAUGUUUUAACCAGGACCCAUGAAGGCAAGAAGAGACACUUAUACAUGGUGUCCAAGGAGCUGCGCAAUGUGCUUCUCAACAACAGUGAGCGCAUGAAGGUCAUAAACACAGGAGUGAAGGUGUGGUCUCGUAACAGUGAUGGAGAGGAGUUUGGUUGUGCUUUUAGACUCGCCCAAGAGGGGAUCUACACUGUCCAGCCGUACAUUCGCUCCAGGAUGAUCACAGUGAGUGUGGAGGAUAUCAAAGUCUUACUGACACAGGAGAACCCCUACCUCAGCAAACUACAAGAUGAUGCUCAUGCUCAGGCCAAGAAGAUUGGAAUGGGUAGCAUCGUGCUGAAGUAUAUUCCAAACCCAGAUAACCCCACAGAGCCACAGUGUUCUAUCCAGCUGUGUGGCUGGAGAGGAAAGACAUCAAUCCGAGCCUUUGUACCUCGUAACGAGAGACUCCAUUACCUUCGAAUGUUAGGGGUCGAGGUGUUCCGGGACAAACAGGGCCUGGGGCACAAACACAGUGACAGAGAAAUGGAGGGAAAGGGACAGGAGGAAGAGACAAGAAAAGAGUCAAAAGACAGCAAUGGAGAAGAAACAACUGAACCAAAGGGUGAAAAUGGUGACCAAGAGAAAAGCUGAAGAUGUUCAGGCCAGUAUGAAAGGACAGUAUGAGAGAUCUGGGGGUGCUUAUGUGUUCUACUGCGGUUAGAUGCAGAUUUGCAUCUACUCUUCUCCUGACUUAAAGACACUCCUGUGGGAGUUUAUUUUGAUUAGAGAUCAACUGUUUAGUUGAAAGGCUUGUCUUCUUUUAUAAAUAUAUUUUAAUUGUUAACAUUUGUCCACAGUUUCAGUGGCAUUAGUUUUUGUUAUAAGCAUACUAACAGUCAUGUUUUCUACUGCACCACAGCAAAUCCAGUUUAUUAAAAUGAGAACAGCU